AUGGGCAUCUUCAGUUCCAAGUCGACUCGUUCGGCUACUCCCACCGGACAUGGAGGCAAGGCCGACGAUGAGCAUCCCCUCACCCCCUCCACCAAGGAGACAAAGGCUCUCAACGGAGGCAAGACCAAAGAUGACAACUCCACCCUCCAGAUUUCGGAAGCUGAUGAACCAGGUGGCUCAGUGAGUGGAAGUCAUCCGAAAUCCAUUGAGGACCGCACCCGAAACGGAGAGGUUGCUGCCCACUUUCACCAUUCUUGCCCAUCAACUCGUCGCUUCACUGGAAACUUCCAUCACCGUCGCAGUUCUACUUGCCAUAUUCCUCACUCGUCUCGUCAGGCAGCCGAGGAUUACUUCAGCUACAAGCACCACACCGGUUCCGGUAUCUCAUGGUCCGACAAGGCCUACGACACGAUUAUACCUGAGGAAAAAAAGGACAAGAAAUAG